GUUUUCUUUGUUAUUUUAAUUCUUGGUGUGGCGACACUGUCACUUGUCAGCUGUCAAUUGUCUCGAAGGUCAUGUAAAUAAUUUUAUCUUGAAUUAAAUUUGGCGAUAAAUAAAAUGAAACAAUAGUUGUUUUUGUGACCGACGCGUUUGCCGAGGUGUUUGUAUUUAUUCUAUGCAUGUUUUCUGUAAAAUAAAAUUCAUCUCCAUUAACCAUAUGGAAAUCUGGUCAAGUGCCAAACAAGAAUGUUUUCGGCUAUAAAACGUUUUGCAAGUAAGGGUGAUGGCUCCCCUAAUAACUCUACAGUCGUCUCGAGGCCCCCGAGUCAUCAGGCGAUGUCAUCUUCGCUUCAAAGAAAAUUUGCAAGGGGCGUGCAAUACAAUAUGAAAAUUGUGAUCAAGGGGGACAGGAAUGUGGGAAAGACGUGUUUGUUUAAUCGACUUCAGGGGAAGAAAUUUAUAGAGGAGUAUAUACCAACUGAGGAAAUUCAAGUGACUUCAAUUCAGUGGAAUUACAAGGCGACUGAUGAUAUUGUUAAGGUCGAAGUGUGGGAUGUUGUGGAUAGAGGGAAGAAAAAGAAGCGUUUUGAGGGCUUGAAACUGGAAAAUUCGCAGAUUGAAAUGCCGGAAGAGCCGGCUCUGGAUGCGGAAUUUUUGGACGUUUACAAGGGGACUAACGGGGUUAUUAUGAUGAUGGAUUUGACUAAAACUUGGACAUUUGACUACAUCCAAAGAGAACUCCCGAAAGUCCCCGAUCACAUCCCUGUCAUUAUUUUAGCAAAUCAUUGUGAUAUGGGGCACCACAGGACGGUUACUUCCGACCAUGUCACUUUUUAUAUCGAGUCAAUUGCAAGCACCCGUUCGGCGCAAAUCCGCUACUCUGAGUCCUCAAUGCGCAACGGUUUCGGCCUGAAACUCCUCCACAAAUUCUUCAACCUCCCCUUCCUCCAACUCCAAAAGGAGACCCUCCUCCGCCAACUCGAACGCAACGAGAUGGAAAUCGCCGCCACCAUCCAAGAACUCGACAUGUUCUCCGACUCGGACGAAGCAAAUUACAGCAAAUUCCUCGAGACUUUGGUGCGAAAACGCCGCGAAAUCGCCGAUUCCAACGCCAACAUUCCACCUCCGGCCCAACAAAUCCGGCCAUCGGCGUCUAGUCAACAAGUCGCCCCCUCGAAUGGGGUCCAAUGUGACGUCAAACGGUCACAGAGCGGUCCGAUUGUCAUUGGAGCCGGAAAACCAAUUCCGUAUGGGAAUCCCGGAGCGAAGAGGGGGGCACAAGUGUUGAAAGGCUCCGGGUUUAUUAGUAAGAUUGGGGGGGACCAAGUGGUCGAAGGGGGAAUUCCGGAUCUGAGGAGGUUGGAGAUCAGUCCGAUUACGUCAGUGGAGGAGUUUUGCCCCGAUGGGGGGCAAAUCGAUAGGAGUUUCUUGGAUGAUGUGCAGUAUAAUGUGCAGAAUAGUGGAAAAGUGGAAGAAAAUGAUACUGACUCGGAUACAGACACUGGCAAUCCUCUCGUCUCCGAAUUACAAGAAGACUUCGAUCCUGACGACCUCAAUUCCUCAUCUAAAAAAAUCGGAAAAUCCGAAUUAAAAGCACCAGUGGCGUUACGAAUCGUCCGUUCGGACGAAAGUAGCGAAAUUGAAGUUGACAAGACUGCUCCAGAAGACUACGACAUGAAACAAACCAAUGACGAAUUUGAUUCGACUAUAAAUUCGGAAAUUUCGGAAUUGACUUCGGACGCUUAUGACGGGUGGAUGGGCAGUGAUACCAAAUGGAGACGAUCACCUGAUGGUGGCGAAGAUGUGUCAGUUGUGAGUCAAACCUUAGAUUACAGUAAUAGUACGCCUUAUGAUGAUAGUACGAGUGUGACGUCAUCAAAUGUCCAUAUGGAGUUGUUGAGUUCGAAACAUAGUCCAGUUUCGGCGAACGGAAGUGUGAAUAGUGAUAGUGAAGAAACUCACACUUCUAGUUCAGUCAAGAAAGAGAAAAAGAAGAAGGAGAAGGAGAAAUCGGAAAAGAAGCAUAAGAAUAAAAAAUCAAAAGAUAAGGAGAAACCGAAAGAUAAAAGCGAACGUCGGCACAAACGUCGGUCACGUGACGAAACUUCAUCUCGUCGCGACGAAUUAGAAGAAUUCUUAAAUGGAAGUGGAAGUCCACCAAUCGAUGCGGCGUAUGAAGCUAUCUGAGUACAAUUUAAUAUCGCCUAACGCCUUCCAAUUUUAUAUGCUUAAAUAUAUUUUUUAAGUAAAUUUAUUUAACGUGAUAUAAGUGUUAUGUAUGCUAACAUGCUUCGUAUUACAUCAAUUUUUACCCUAGAUAUGUUUGGGUGUGCACACAGUUAAAUCUUUUCCAAAAAGUACAAUAAUCGAUUAGGCGUAAGUACAUGUGUGCCUAAAGUGUUUUUACGAGUGGAUAUUUUUCUACACUCCAUUUGUAGGCCCGUUAACUUGUUACAUGUUUAUUUUUCGUUGUUAGUGUACACAUAUAUUAAUCGCUUAUUUAUUUUAUUACGUUGUUUGUCUAUAACGAUUGUUGAUAUUUAAGUACCAUCUUGUUUACAUAUAGAACCUCAAUAAAGCAAAUAUAACC